AUGAGGUUCCACUUUGAGAGUUUUCAGCAACUCCAAGCCUUGCGAUUCACUGUGGAUGAGAUCAAUGGAAAUUCAAAUAUUCUUCCUAAUAUCACUUUAGGAUUUCAAGCAUAUGAUUCAUGUGCUGUUCUUCCACAAGACUUAAAAGGUGCUUUGCAAAUGCUUACGGGUCAUGGCAGAGCUGUUCCAAAUUAUCGUUGUCUUAGUGAUGCUCCUCUCAGUUCCAUAAUUGGAUCUGCUAUAUCUACGCAUUCAAUCCUUCUUGCUUAUCUUCUAGGUCUCUACAAUUUCCCACAGAUUAGCCAUUUUUCAACUAGCGCCCUUCUUAGUGACCACAGAAAGUUUCCAUCCUUCUUUAGGACUGUUCCCAGUGACAAUUUCCAAUCUGAAGGACUUGCACAUCUGGUGCUACAUUUUGGAUGGACUUGGGUUGGAUUAGUAGCUGCUGACAAUGAUUAUGGUCAACAGGGAAUUCAGCUUGUCCAACAGGAGAUAGUCAAUGCUGGCGCAUGUGUGGCCUUCAUUGAGAACAUUCUAACAGGACAUCCAGACCGCAAUGCCCCACACAUAGUCAAGGUAAUGAAGGCAUCCACAGCUAAUGCUAUUGUAAUUUAUGCAACUGAAAUUGAUAUUGUUCCUAUUUUCAAUGAGAUGGAAAAACAGAAUAUCACAGGAAAGAUACUUAUUGCCAGUGAAGGUUGGUCUACAUCCACUCUUUUUUCGUUGGGAACAUUUUCCACUAUCCUUUCUGGCACCAUAGGCGUAGCCCUGCAAAGUGGAACUAUACCUGGGCUAAAAGAAUUCCUCAACAAAGUCCAUCCUUCUCAGUCUUUAGGAGAUGACUGGGUAAAACUAUUCUGGGAGCUGACAUUCAAUUGCAAAUUCAAGGCUGAUCAAAACCAAACUGGGUAUUUGGAUAUUUCAACAAACAGGUGUACAGGAUUGGAAGAUCUAGAAACUUUACAGAAUGUCUACAAUGAUGUUUCUAGUUUAAGAACCACUUACAGUGUCUACACUGCAGUGCAAGUUGUGGCCAAUGCUUUGGAAGAUAUGAAAAACUGCAUGCAAAGAGAAGGUCCUUUUUCUCAAGACUCAUGUGCCAAUAUUUGGAAUUUCUCACCAUGGCAGCUCCUGUACUAUAUGAAAAAGGUGAGGUUUAUGCUGAACAAUGGAAGGGAAAUCUACUUUGACAAUAAUGGAGACCCACCUGCCGUCUAUGACAUUGUGAAUUGGCAGCUUUGCCCUAAUGGUGCCAUGAAAUAUACCAAAGUGGGAAGCUAUGACAUGGCCCUAGCUCAAGUCUUCACUGUCAACACAAGUGCCAUACUGUGGACAUCUAAAGAGCAGCAGGUCCCAGUGUCAGCCUGCAGUCAGAGCUGUCCACCUGGCUUCCAUAAGAUUUCUCGAAAAGGAGAACCUAUCUGCUGCUUCCAGUGUGUCCCUUGUCCGCAAGGGGAGAUCUCAAAUCAUACAGACUCUAUCAAUUGCAUAAAGUGUCCAUGGGAUAUGUGGCCAAAUUCAGAAAAAUCCAAAUGUCUUCCAAAGCCCAUAGAAUAUCUCUCCUAUGAAGAGCCGUUGGGAAUAUUACUGGCUUCAACUAUCUCCUUAUCCUCUUUGGUUCCAGCUGCUAUGUUGAUGCUUUUAGUAAAGUUUAAAUUAACCCCUAUAGUAAAAGCCAGCAACUAUUCUCUAAGUUGUCUCCUUCUGAUAUCACUGUCCUUCUGCUUCCUCUGCUCUUUGGCUUUUAUUGGAUAUCCAGAAUUCAUGAAAUGUUUGUUACGUCAAGUUUCAUUUGGGAUGGUGUUUGCCCUCUGCAUCUCAUGCAUUUUAGCUAAAACAAUCAUGGUGGUGUCUGCAUUCAUGGCCACUAAACCAGGCAGCCACCUUAAGAAGUGGACGAGUCCUCGGGUAUCCAAUGUAAUAAUUUCUGGAAGCUCAUUUAUACAGUUUAUUUUGUGCAUAUCUUGGUUGUCUCUCAGCCCCCCUUUUCCAGAACAGAACAUUGAAAUGCAGGCCACCCAUAUUAUUGCACAAUGUAAUGAAGGCUCAAUAACUGCCUUCUGGUGCAUGCUAGGUUACCUUGGUCUACUGGCCACCACCAGUUUCAUUGUUGCCUUCCUGGCUAGGACACUCCCUGACAGCUUCAAUGAAGCCAAGUUCAUCACGUUCAGCAUGCUGGCCUUCCUCAGUGUCUGGGUGUCCUAUAUCCCAGCUUCUCUCAGUGCUAAAGGAAAGUACAUGGUAGCCAUGGAAAUAUUUGCCAUCCUGUCUUCAAGCUGGGCCCUGGUUAUAUGUAUGUUUUUCCCUAAAUGUUUCAUUAUAUUAUUCCGACCUGAUAUGAACUCCAGAGAGCAUCUCACAAAUAAAUCUGUGAGUCAAACGGGAUAG